CGUCUGCAUUCAACCACUCAACUGGCUGUUGUCGCAGUUUCGCAGUUGUCGCAGUCACGUGUCGGAUUCUGGUUGCAAUUCAGAAAUUUAAGAUAAAUAAGACUUUUGAAAUACGUUUGUGAAAUUUAAAUAAACUAAGUGCAGUUCGUUAGUAUGCCUCCUGCUAAAUCAAACCCACCGAAAGAGAGUUCCCAGAAACUUCGAACCUCCGUUAAAAAGAAGAAAAAUUUUUUCUUCAAAACCUCUGCUAAUAAUAUUAAGUUAACAGACAAGCCAAAAUUAGACGAAAAAUCGCAAAUAAAACCCUCAAAAAACUUUGCCAGAUUACCAACUAAGCCAGAUGAAGCAUCUUCAAAUUGGAAAUCACUAAUUACACAAAUCAAGCCUGUUCAGUCAAAAGGAAGACUGUUGUACAUUGAAAGGAAGAAGAAAGAAGCAGCAAAGAAAAUUGAAGAAAGUUCUAUAGGAGUGACUUCAAGUGAAAAAACUAAUAAUGACCCGGAAAUCUGGUUUGAUGGUGUCGAUCCUAUUUUGCUGGAGACUCCCAGUUGUGACGCUAGUAAUAUUCAAUUUGGUUCUAGUGGGCCCAAAGAAUUAACUAAAGUUCUAGCACUGGAUUGUGAAAUGGUUGGGAUUGGAAGUGAUGGAAAGGAAUCAGCACUAGCACGAGUCUCAAUUGUAAAUCAACAUGGAGUAUGUGUUUAUGACAAAUUUGUUGCUCCUGGAGAAGAAGUGACUGACUUCAGGACAAAAUUUUCAGGAAUAAGACCUCAUAAUCUGAAAAAUGCAUCUCAACUCGGAGUUGUCUGCCAUGAAGUAGCUGAAAUGUUAAAGGGUCGACUUCUAAUUGGACACGGUUUGAGUCAUGAUUUGGAAGUACUCAUGAUCAAACAUCCUAAAUCUAAUAUUCGGGAUACGUCAAGAUUUAAAGUUUUUCGGUCAGUAGUAAAUGGAGCUACCCCUAGUUUAAAACGAUUGGCACAACAGUUUUUGGGGAUUGAAAUUCAAACCGGAGAGCACAGUUCGAUACAAGAUGCUCAAGCUGCGUUACGUUUAUAUACGAUGUUUCAUCAGCAAUGGGAAGCAGAUUUGGUUUCCAGGAGGUCAGAGAGAAAGUCCAAGAUCAUCAAAGGGAAAAAAUCAACUAAGGAAACCCUGAAGACUAAGGAAACUGUCCAAUCAAAGGAAAGCAUUAAAAAGUAAUCACUAUCGCUACUUUCUGUCUGGUGAUUUGAGGAUCAUACAAUAUCUUGACACUUAACUAAAUUUUGCCAAUCAUGUUCUACAUCGAUGAAGUACUGAUGCGGUCAGUUAACAAAUUUACGUUGGAACUAAUACAGACUUUCUUUGGAUUUCAAA